UCCAUUCAACAACUCAGUGAGGCUUUGGCCGUGAUACGUUGAGGUAGUGUAUUUCAUCUCUAUCUAAAUACAUCUCUCUAUCUCUCACUCCCACAAAUGAGAAAUAUCUCUUUAUCAACACUCAGGAAUGAUGUUUGUCCCCCAGAGAAAGAAUAGUGGUGAUCAAGAACAGUGUAGUGAAGAUAUACAAUAAUUCUCACUCGUCUGCUGUACCGGGUUGGGAGAGGCAGUAAGAGGUGUGUGAGAGGUAAGGAAGAGGUGAGGAGAGUAAAGGGGACAGGAUGCCUAGACGGUGAUAACCAAGAAAUGCCUGGCUGGCGACGCCGACCAAGAACUGCACACCGACUCCUCGUCUUAGUAUUGGCGUUGGGAGCGGUGGUAAUAGUCGUGAAUCUAGUAGCUGGUGAUAGAAAUGCCGCUGGUACUGAUCACGGCCACCAUGAUUUCUUGGAAGGUAACGAAGAUUGGCCCCCUGGGUACGUGCAAUCCCAAGAUCUCCUUCACCCACCCUCCAAGAUGACCCGCGAUUUGGCGGGCCCUGGUGUGGUAGUGAGAGAGGUGGACGAGGAGAGUUUAUUUGACCGUAUCCUGCCUGGUGGGGGGUCACCGAGAACACUCAUCACCCUGGACAUGACCCACCCAGCUUCUCCCUCUCUCUUCUGCAUUAAAACCAGGAACGAACCGCAGUAUUCCAUCUGCCCGCACAAUACACCUGAUGACAGAUACAUCUCUGAACAACUGCUACGAGAAGGAACUUGGGAGACACAGAUUGUCAGUCUCUUUACAACCGCUCUUACUUAUUACCCAUCCAGUACCGUUAUAGACUUAGGUGCUCAUGUGGGCGUGUAUAGUCUAUUGGGGGCGCGAAUGGGCGUACGGGCGGUGGCUGUUGAACCCGUGUGGUCAUCCGCGGUCAGGUUACACGCCGGGGCCGCAGCUGGGGGCGUGGCAAAUAAGGUCACCAUCCUGCUUCACGCUAUUGCUGACUCCCGCUUCCAGGCUAAGCUACGGUACAAAACUGGCAACCUAGGUGGAACAGUGGUAGUCAAGGCGGACUCCGAAGAGGCAGAGGUCAUCCACAAGACACGUCCCCAUGACCUGGUGACCUCUGUGACCCUUGAUCACCUCAAGGUCUUUGUGAAUACUUCCGUUGUCCUACUGAAGAUUGAUGUAGAGGGGUGGGAGUGUGGGGCAGUGAUGGGAGGUAGGUCCUUCCUCACCUCACACUUCGCUCCCUACGUCUUCAUGGAGUGGUCAGUGGUCGCCAACAACCGCCACAAGUACCACUCUCCGUGCCGCCUACACGCCCUCCAGAGUAUGGUACGCUGGCUCGCCUCCCGCGGCUACCACGCCCACAUCACCAAGUCCGGAGCUCCUCUCAGUCCGACCAAGGUGGAUGCCUGGCACGCUGGCGACAUCUACUGGAGACAUAACACAGCACCCAGGCUUCAUCAAGAGGUGUAAUGAGGACUGCCCAGGAAGAUCGGACAAAUCGCCAACUGCACUGGCUAAGAGGGCAGCUAUUGUGUUAAUCAGCAUUAAACUCCUUAACCCCCUCCCCCAAAUCACUUAUUUCCCAGGACUGAAUACAACACCAGGAAGACACAGUUGGAUCAUGUGAAUAAUUAUGCAAACCAGCUUAUAUGACCCUCAAACUAACCUAAUGUAAUCUAAUCCAAUAUAAUGACCUUAAUCUAAACUAGUGCUAACCUAAUCUUAUAUAACCUUACUUAUUUAAACUAAUUGCCAGAUAGUAUUAUAUAUGUAUUUUUAAAUAAAGUGAAAUAAGCUGGGGUGUCUAAUCUUCACAUGAUCCAAACACUACAGUAUUACCAAUGCGAACUUCAGUAUUUACAAAUGUAUUUUUGGGCAUUCAGCGCCGCCAGUAACUACUUAAUUACAUUUUCAUAUAUUAAAAUAUGUAAAUAAAAGAGAACGCCUGAAGAAUA